AUCGUUCUUCUGUCCAAAGAUGAUGAUACAUGGGACACCUUUGCUGGGCACUUUCCCAUUGAAAUCUCCAGAGGGAAAUUUGUUGCCCAUUCUCAAUGGGAAAGUGCCCAAGCAACAUUGCUCAAAGUUGCCCGGUGUAUCAUCACCUUUACUCAAUUAAUGUGUAUUUUCUCUUACCCUCCAGAAUGUCAGCGGAAAAUUCGCCAUACAGCAGGCCUGCAUCCACCCGGAUCUUCUGCGUGGACAAUCGCACAAACCGCCGUGCUAAAACCUACGAGGUGUCUGAAAACAUAAGAAUAGCAUCUUACAAAACCACCACAAUAAGUGCUCUUAGUACUGGCAUGAGAGCAUUUAUUGCUCCCGUGGAUGGUGACAGCCCAGUUUUUAAAACCGGGAGGGCCUAUAUAAUAAGAAACUAUAACCUGUCCCAGAAAUUUGGACGGGAGUGCAUCUUCCUCAACCCCAAAUCCAAAAAAUUUCAAACAGCUCCCUUUGAGUUGCCAGAAGCAGCAGAAGGAUCUGCCAGACACCUCAUCAACCCACCAACUGUCCUGAUGUCUGGGGAAGAGGAGGACCUCUUCACAAGGGGAGGAUACAUCUCCCUGAUAGGAGAAAUUGAAAAAUUGCAGGUACCCAGGAUGACCCGAGUGGCUGAAGGAGAGGUUCCCAUUAGAGACCUGUUUCUCCGGUGUGGCCAGAGGGUGUUGGAGGUGUCCUUGUGGCGUGACGAGGCCCUGAUCGAGCUCAGCCUGGGGGAUCGUGUUGAGAUUUCCUUUCUCAGGGCGACUGUCAGACCUCAGGCCAAAUUUAAUACCUCCACCUAUUCAACUGUGGAGAAGGCUGUAGCUGAGCCAGUAGAGGUGGAGGUCACCAUCAUCGCGGUCUUGCAGGGAGAUGGAGGUGCCACAGUUCUGCUGACUGAUGCUGAUGAGAAGUACAGUGUCCCGGCAGCUCUACACCUCGACCUCACUGUUGAUGACCUGCCAAUUACACUGAAAAUUACACACAACAAUAGGGUAGUAGAGAGCAUCGAGUCAUUGGAGGAGCAGGAACUUUUUGAAUAAAUUGACUUUUGAAAUUGUUGUUUUUACUAGUUCAACCUGCCAAUUAAAUCUCAAGCUCCUCCAACGAUUCAAUGCUCUCUACUACCCUAUUGUUGUGUUAUUUUAUGGAGGAACUUGAAUAAAUUGACGUUGUUGUUUUUAUUAGUUCAA